AUGUCGUUCUUACAGAACUUUCAUCUAAGCCCUGGACAGACGAUAAAAUCUACCAGAGGUUUUAAAUGGAACACAGCCAAGAAUAAUAAGACUGGCAACACGGAUGCCAGUACUUUAGGAGAUGGAAAUGGGCUUCAAGCAAAUACGUUCAAUAGCGAAUUAAACUUACAAAGGUCUGAUGACGCGUUGCAGCAGCAGCAGCAGCAGCAGCAACAUCUGCAUCAGCAACAAUUCUCUACCCCUCAAAAACAAGCGACAAAUUUUUUCCAGCAAGGGAUUGAGCAUGGUCCAACUCCAGUUACAGAUUUCAAUUAUACUCCAUCUCAUCAACGUCCAUACAUACAACCCACGUCAGGCACUGUGGUCUCGUCCCACCAGGAUUUAAGGCAGAUUGUAGAAACGACGCUUGGAUCUAAGGGUGUUUUAAAUCAAGCAGUGAAGUUACCGAAGGGAGAGAAUAUUGAUGAGUGGAUCGCAGUGCAUUGCGUGGACUUUUACAACCAGAUCAAUAUGCUAUAUGGGUCAAUCACGGAGUUUUGCUCGCCACAGACUUGUCCUAGAAUGAUAGCCACCAACGAGUACGAAUACUUGUGGAAUGUUCAUCCUGGAAAACCGCCAGUAUCACUACCAGCACCAAAGUACGUGGACUAUCUAAUGAAGUGGUGCCAGCAGCAGUUUGAUGAUGAAAAUUACUUCCCAAGCAAGCCAGGGGUUCCUUUCCCAAAGGAUUUCAAAGAUAAUAUCGCAAGACCUAUAUUAAAGAGAUUAUUCAGAGUAUAUGCUCACAUCUACUGCCAUCAUUUCAACGAAAUCCUAGAACUUAAUCUACAAACUGUUCUUAAUACCAGCUUUAGGCAUGUGUGUCUCUUCUCGGAAGAGUUCCACAUUUUAAAAACUAACGACUACGGACCUUUGCUCGAGCUUGUCACCGAAUUCAAAGACAGAUAA